UGGCCGGAUUCUUCAGAACAGAACCAGGCUACAGGAACUCCAGGUUCAAGAUGACCCAGGAGCAGUACAUCCUUGCAGCGCAGCCCAACCCGCUCCACCAACGGGGGGCGUCAAUGUGCGGUGCCCAGGUUUACCCAGCAGUGGGGAUCUAUGGCUGGAGGAAGAGAUGCUUGUACUUCUUCAUCCUCCUCCUCCUCGUCACCAUGAUCGUCAACCUUGCGCUGACCAUCUGGAUCCUCAAAGUCAUGAACUUCACUCCGAGUGGAGCUGGUAGGCUGAGAGUGACAGGGAGACUGAAAGAGGAAAUACGUCAUUUUGGUCUUUCUGAAUUUAAUUUGCCUGUUUACAUUUCAGAAAUAAACUUUUACAAAGACAGUCCGUUGAUCCUUCAGUCAGACAGAAAUGUGACCGUCAAUGCUAGAAACGAUCAGGGACAACUGACCGGUCAGCUAAUCGUGGGUUCGGAGAUGGUGGAGGCCCAGUGUCAGAGGUUUGAGGUGAGGAGCAUAGAUGGGGAGAGAGUUUUGUUCUCAGCAGAUGAAGAGGAGAUAAGCAUCGGCACUGAGAAACUUCGAGUCACAGGGAACGAAGGUGUGGUUUUCAGCCAUUCUGUAGAGACAUCACAUGUGAGGGCAGAACCCUUCCAGGACCUAAAGUUGGAGUCGCCGACUCGGACUCUUACCCUUGAGGCCCCCAGAGGUGUUGAGGUCAACGCAGGAGUGGGAGACUUCACAGCGUCCUGUAGAAAAGACCUUCUCCUGCAGUCAUCAGAAGGAGAGAUCUUUCUAGAUGCCAACACCAUCAGACUGGGCAGCAUCCCCCUUGGUAGUGCUGUGGACCCCCUGGAGGGGGCGCCUGCAGGUACCACCUACACUAAACAGACUGUCUACGAGCUGUGCGCCUGCGCUAAUGGAAAGCUCUACCUGUCCCCAGCUGAGAAAGGCUCUACCUGCCAAACCACUAGUAACUUUUGUCUCUGGAGCUGAAAGUACGAAGCUAAAAGACGCCGAGGACAUAUGGACUAUUAAAAGUUUGAAGCUAAUGCUAGCCAACAGACAGAAUCAUCAUGAAUUAUGGCUUUGUGGGAUGCUAAUGCCAGCCAAAAGGCCAAAUCAACAUGGAUUGUAGCAUGGUGAGGAGUUCAUGUCCGUUAACCAACCAAAUAAUGUGGCUUAUGGCUUGGCGGGAAGCUACUGCCUGCUAACAGACCAAAUCAACUUGGACUGUAGCUUGCUGUGAUGCUAAUGCCAGCUAAAGGACUGAAUCAACAUGGACAAGAGCGGUGAGAAGCCACCUCACCGACAAAAUUAAUAUGGAUUGGUCAGUAGUUAUUGCUAGUCAAGAUGAUGGAUAACUCAGCAGGAGGAAAAGCCAACAAGAUUAGCUCAUGGGUUUGAUGCUAAGACCACUCAUGGUCAUGGAUGGACAGUCCCUCCAGGGCCCUCAGUGGCGGUUUCUGCCAUUGUUGAUUUUCUGAAAGUCACAGGGAUUGCAUUUGGGGGUUAAGAACAGCAAACUCUUACAAACAAAGUAAGUUUUGUGUUCACUGUUUGACCAAAAUGUUCGGGAAAACAUACUCCUGCUUUUGUCAGGAUAUGGUGAUGGACUACAAACUUGCCAGCACGGACUGAACAAGUACUCUGGGCUAGAAGUCCUGCUUACCAGUUGGCUAACAGACAUCAUUGAGCCCUUUGGUUUCGCUCUGCAGGUAACUUACAAUAAAAUCAGUUGAUGGUUUAGUCUUGAGGGAAGCUAUGGCUAGCUUACGGACCAAUCUAUACCAGAAAGGCCUUCCCCCUCCUGCCCCUCUAGUCUUAAACCCAAAUGUUGAAGUUUAACCUUUCCACAUUUAUCUGCACCUAGUAGUGACUAUGUUCUCCAACCCUACUUUUCAUUGGACAACUAAUGCAAAUACUUGUGCUUCAGCCUUGCGUU